GUAUUAGCGUUAUGAGUCAGGUUGAGACAAGCGCAGCCACCGAAGCGUCACUGCUCGUCAGCCCCACCAGUUGCCUACGUGAGAGCACAACGCCCCGUUCCCUCCUUAUUAGAAGAUUGGAACCAAUUCUGAGAAGCGUCUCUGAACAUCGCACCAUCGCCGCGGGCAUGAAGUUCGAUUGAGUUUUGCCUCACACACGGGCGUACCAUAUUUGAGUCAAGAUACCCCCGAUAAUUGAGACUUUAUGGGCGGUAGGAGACCAAUAGAAUUUUUAGGAAGGAACAUUCCACGAAACUCGCACUGCCAAAUCGAGUGGGUGGAAGAGCAAGCAUUGUAGCCAAGAUAAGUGAUCCUGUGUAAGAAGUGGAAGUUAGGAGUGCCACUUGACACCACCAUGGCAAGCGAGGCAGUUCUGAAGUACAACAACGCCAGCACUAACGCGAGCAACGACCAUGAAUGUAUUACUUUGACAGACAACAGCACGCUGCAGUGGCUUCAGGGAGACAGCUCUCAAAUUUGGCAGCCGAUAAUCUACAUCAUCGUCAUCAUCGUCAGCCUGCCGGUCAACGCCGCUGCCCUGUGGUUCCUCGUGAACCCCACGGUGAACGUGAAGCGCACGCCCUCCACCGUGUUCACCAAGAACCUGGCCGCCGCUGACCUCCUCUACCUGCUCUUCCUCCCGCUGGCCAUCGCCUACAACUUCAACGGCAACGACUGGCGCUUCGGCACCAUCCUGUGCCACGUGGUGGUGUCGCUCACCUACCUCAAUGCGCACUGCUCCAUCUUCCUGCUCACCUGCAUCAGCGUGGACCGCUACCUCGCCCUGGUGCAUCCGGUCAAGUCGCUCACGUGGAGGACCCCGAGGUACGCGGCCGUGCUGAGCGCCGUCAUGUGGAUCCUGAUGAUCCUCUCCAUCGUGCCGGCCGUCAGCGUGCAGCUGGUGACGUGCGUGAAGGGUCCGAACUUCGGACCGGUCACCACCUGCUUGGAUGUUUUCACAAAGGAGGACGGACGAUUUCUGGCCAAGUAUUCGCUGGGGUUCUUCUUCUUGGCCUUCCUCGUGCCCUUUGCUGUCACGGCGUUUUGCUACGUGGCCAUCGUGCUCUCCUUGAGACGGCGCACGCGCGAAGGUGCCCAUCUCAGGGUGGAGAAGAGGAAGUCCAUCUUUCUCUGUGCCACGGUUCUCACGGCCUUCUGCUUGUGCUUCGUGCCCGCCAACGCCACUUUGUUCACGCACGUCCUGCGCAUAUUGCUGAAAGGCAACACAUCCCUCUACAAGGUCUACAAGAUCUGCUUGGCUCUGGCGAGCCUUAACACCUGCCUGGACUCUUUCGUCUAUUACACCAUCUCCAAGCCCUUCCGUCUGAAGAUUCGAAGCCUCUUGUGCUGCUGCGUGACCGCGCAAGUCAAAUAGUCGGUGUCAUUGCCCCUGUGAGAUGAUGACAAAUCUGAACGAGGCGCGCCUUCAUAACCACGUGUGCAAAACGUAAAUGUAUCAUAGACAUGCAUGCUGUUGAAGUAAACAUUGUUAUAUGUUAGUGAUGUGUAUGUAACACAAAGUGAAAGCUUUUGAUAACAUUACUGUUGCCUGUUUUGCGUUGUUUACAUGACUACGUAAGCCUGUUUCCGUUUCCCCCAGCGUGUAAAGGGGUUAACAGGGUGAAACAUUAAUAGAGGACCCACAAAAAUAGUGAGAAAUUAGAGAAACCUUUAUUUCAAAGCCUCUACAAGUCUCCCACCAAUCUCAAUAUGCGUGUACACUCAUUCAAUACUCAAACACUAUCCGAGAUAAGAGAGGAAGCCAUCGCUUUCACAAUAAUCAGUCAAAUGUUGUUUUAUAUAUAUUUUAUAUAUAUUUUAUUAUUUUAUUGUUUCCCUUCAACGUCACUUUACCGAAAGAGUUAAGAAUAAGAGUAACUCUAUAAAUCAGUAAAAUAUCUAGAAAUCCAUCACCCUAUAUAGCUUGUGCACAAAUGUCCGUUAUUAAUUAUCUCCAGUAUCCAGAUAAGAUAUGCUAUUAGACAGUAUAAGGAAUAUGUUUGCGCCCUGACGAUCUUAUGUUAACAUUAAGCAAUAAUGCAAAGACUGUAUUUGUGUAGGUUUUAAACCACUGUAUGUAUGUUGAACUUCUUUCGCACGUAGCCAACCUUGCUAAUCGGCGGUGUCGAUUGCUUUGCAAAGCAACGGUCAGUCCGGUUCCAAUAAAAGACAGCUACAUUUUCCGCACGUGGGACUAAACGUGGUUAAUUAUCUUGCUAAACAAUUGCAAUGACUCAUGAUGACCGAUAGAUUUCUGGGCGAGACAAUCAGGGUGAGUUUUUUUGCCGGAGCAUGUACAUUCACUUAAGGCUGGAGUGGCUUCCUGUGUGAACAGAAUGCGUCGGGGAAGGGCAAGACACAACAAUUGGCUAGCCAGUGUUGCUCAUAGCACAUGACUUCCCGCCCAGUGCAACAAUAAAAAACCCAUUCCGGUAUAUGUUUAGACUUUAGAUGAUGUCAAGUCAACAUGCUGUAUUACUCUGCCAUGAAAAAAUAUUACAUACCAAUUCCGGAUGUAGUUAUGGGUCAGCUUAAGUUUAUCAACCCUGCGCAGUGUACUGUAAGAAAGUUCAACACAAUACGGUGGCGGUAUCAGAUCUCGGAUUCAACCCGGUUCCCGCCAUGCUCUGCCCGGGUCACACUUGCCGCAGACGGUAAACCACACGCUGCUUUUUGCUUACCCCUUACACCAGGGGUGGGGAACGUCCGGCCCGCGGGCCGUACAAGGCCCGCGAUAUCAUUUGAUCUCUGGCCCUGCCAAGGCAACCGCAGGCGGGACUCGAAAUUCAA